GUCGCGGGUCUUACCACCUGGCGGGGAGCCCCCCCUGCCUGAAGUGCACAUGGUCCAGUCCAGGGGGGCCCGGGGCCUGCAGCUAGCCGGCUCUCAGGAGGCCCUCAGCUUCCCCGCUUCGCAGCUCUUCACCAACUGUGACCACUUCCCUUCUGAGUUCUCCUUCGUGGUCACGCUCAAGAUCCCACGCCUUGCCAACAAGAGGAACGAGUACAUCUUCUCGUUGGUGGAGGAGGAGUCAGACCGGCUGCUGAUUGGUCUACUUGUCUCUCAGGAGAGGCUCCACUUUUUGUUCCAGGGCCCGACAGGCAAGAAACGGAUCACGUUUAGGGCUGUGCGGCUGGCGGACAACCACUGGCACACAGUGGUGGUGGCCGUCACCGGGCGCUAUGCUACACUCAGAGUGGACUGCGGUAUGGCCCUGGAGCUGGUCUAUGAGAAGCCUUUCCCCAGUGAUCUCUGCACUGCCCACUCCAGGUUCUACGUCGGCAGCAGGAGGCGGUGGAAAGGACUGUUCUCUGGUCUGCUGCGACAACUGGUUCUGUUGCCUGGGUCAGAUGCUACCUCCCGAGUGUGUCCCUCUUCAGACCCCAGACUGGCAGUCCUCUCUGUCCCUCAGGCCCUGCUCACCAUGCCCAUCACACCCACUGGGAACGACAUAGUCCCCCUGUAUCCUUACGAGGCAGAAGUGUUGAUAACCCCGGGGACCCAGCCUCCCUGUGCCAAGGCAGAGGAGGGCCAGCUGUGGUUUAACACACUGAAGAAAGGCUUGUUCCUGUGUGAUGGACGGCUGUGGAUGCCUCUGCUGCAAGAGAAAGAGCGUCUGGACUAUGUUGAAGACUACCAAGACCUUUACACCAACUCAGAGACGUUCGACAUCGAGGUGUUUCACAUCCCCUCCCAAGGACUGUUCGCUGCCACAGCCAAUCGCGAGACCAAGCCGGGCUCUGGAAUCUACAAGUGGGUGGAUGGGAAGUUUCAAGUGUAUCAGAACAUCAUCACCUAUGAAGCACGGGCAUGGAAGUACUUUACUGUGGGCAACAAGAUGUUCCUAGCAGUGGCUAACUCCAAGGGCCAGCCUGGCGGGGAGUGGGAGGAGUCAGUGAUCUACAAGUGGAGCAACAGGAAGUUAAUGUUUCUACCUUAUCAGACCAUAGAGACACACAGUGCUCUGGACUGGGAGGCCUUCAGCAUACAGGAACAACAUUUCCUGGCUGUGGCCAAUCACAGACGAGGUGACAACAAUCACAACAUCGACAGUGUGAUUUACCGGUGGAACCCGGGGACCAAGGUGUUUGAGGUGAAUCAGACCCUCGAGACUUCUGGGGCCUACGACUGGGAGUUCUUUUCCGUGGGUCCAUACCACUUCCUGGUGGUGGCCAACACUUUCGAUGGAAUAUCCACCAACAUCAACUCCACCAUAUACAUCUGGCUGGGAGGAAUGUUCCAGCCGUUUCAAUACAUCAAGACGGUGGGAGCGACGGACUGGGAGAUGUUCCAGGUCAAGGAUCGGUACUUCCUGGCGGUGGCUAACGGCCAGAAACUGAACGAGAGAGGCCCUAGUCACUACAACAUCAACUCAACCAUCUACGAACUGAACGUGAUCACACAGACCUUCGUUAAGUUCCAGGACAUCGUCACAAACAGUGCGGUGGACUGGGAAUUCUUCUCGGUGGGUGAAGAGAAGUUCCUUGUUGUGGCCAAUUCUCACGAUGGAUCCUCGUAUUCUUUAAACAGUGUUAUAUACAGGUGGCAGGGAUAUGAGGGGUUUGUCCCUAUCCACUGGCUCCCAACCAUCGGCUGUACGGACUGGGAAUAUUUCAAUACCACAGCAGGAUCCUUUCUCGUCUAUUCUAGUGCCACCUCUCCCCUGUCUAAAGUCUUCAGACUGAAGACAUACUGAUUCCUCACUGUCCCUGACGCUCCACUAUCUGAGCCAGUUAGAGAAACAUGGUGUGGUGGAACAAUGGAAGGGGAAUGAAUUACAGAUUUUCUAGUGUUGCUGGACAGACUGGCAGGCAGACAGACCAACAGAAAGGCAGACAGACCAACAGAAAGGCAGACAGACCAACAGAAAGGCAGACAGACCAACAGAAAGGCAGACAGGCGGACAUACCAACGAAAGGCAGACAGGCAGACAGAUCAACAGAAAGGCAGACAGACCAACAGAAAGGCAGACAGACCAACAGAAAGGCAGACAGCCAGACAGACCAACCGAAAGGCAGACAGACAAAGGCAGACAGACCGACAAACAGACAAAGGCAGACAGACCGACAGACAGACGAAGGCAGACAGACCGACAGACAGAAAGGCCAAUCGAAAGGCAGACAGACAAAGGCAGACAGACCGACAGACAGAAUGGCUGACAGACAGACAAAGGCAAACAGACCAACAGAAAGGUAGGCAGACAGACCAACAGAAAGGCAGACAGACCAACAGAAAGGCAGACAGCCAGACAGACCAACAGAAAGGCAGACAGCCAGAAAGGCAGACAGCCAGAAAGACCAACCGAAAGGCAGACAGACAAAGGCAGACAGACAGACAAAGGCAGACAGACGGACAGACAGAAUGGCCGACAGACAGACACAGAAAGAAAGGCAGACAGAACUGUAAUUGUCUCCCCAGUUGUGUCGGAGAUCCAGGCUGUGGGAGAGAAUCGUGCUUUUAAAACGACGAGAGAGAUGUUGCAGCAGCAUCAUGAGAUUGUGGAAAAUGAGGGAAAGAAUGUGUGACGUUGGUUUGUAAACAACUUACACUAUAAGAGGGACAAGUUUCAAAGUUUAUUCGCCACUUGGGUACUGGAGUGGUUGUAUAUACAGGUCAGUACCUUAUUCAAUGUCCAGGGUACUGGAGUGGUGGAGGUGGGUUUAUACAUAAAAAGUGAUUGGUCGGAGGCCUCCCGGGUGGCGCAGUGGUUAAGGGCGUAACAUUUAAAAUAAAAUAAAAAGUGAUUGUACGUAGGAUGCACAUAAACAUGGCUGAAAGGUGACUGGUUGGUAGCAGGAAUAUAUACAUAUUUAUGAUAAUAUAUUAACGGUAACAUAGCCAUAUUUAUUAUAAUCUGCAACAUUUCAACUUCUAAAAUAGAGUCCUUGUAAUUUACAGCAUCGCUCAGUCAACAAAACAUUUGCUAAAGUUGCCCAAUUUAGCUGGAGGGCUGGGGAAAGAUCUUUGUCGCACACAGUGCUCAAG